GAGGGUUUGCUGGAGGAAAGGGCGAGGGAAAUAGAGAAACUGGUAUUUGAAGUGGAGAAAUGCAAGGAGGUUGGAAAGGUGGUAGCGAGGGAGCUGGAUGCAAAGGAGGCGAGGGUAGAGGAGUGCGAGGGUUUGCUGGCGGAGAAGGCGAGGGAAUUAGAGGGACUGAAAGCGAAGUGGAGAAGUACAAGGAGGCUGGGAAGGUGCACGAGAUAGGAAUGGAUGCUCAGAAGGCCAGGUUAAAGGAGUAUGAAGGUUUGCUGGAUGUGAGAACGAAGGAAGUAGAGAGAUUGAAAACCGAAGUCGAGAAAUUGCAAGAGCUUGGGAAGGUGCAGCGACAGAAAUGGAUGCCAAGGAGGCGAGGUUGAAAGAGUAUGAGGGUUUGCUGGAGGAGAGGGAGAGGGUUUUCAAGACACUGUACACCGAAGUGGAGGCUUAUAAGGAGGAUGGGAAGGUGCAAGCGAGAGAGAUCGGUGUUAUGGAGGCGAGGUUGAAAGAGUAUGAGGGUUUGCUGGAGGAGAGAACGUGGGAAUCUGAGAGAUCGAAGAUUGAAGCAGAGAAUACCAAGAGGUUGGGAAGGUGCAAGGGAUAGAAAUGGCGGCUAAAGAGGCGAGGUUAAAAGAGUGCGAGAGUUUGCUGGAGGAGAGGGCGAGGGAAAUAGAGAGACUGGACACGAAGUGGAGAAGUACGAGGCUGGGAAGACGCAAGCGAUAGAAAUUGAUAUGAUUGAUAAGGAGGCGAGGUUGAGAGAGUGUGAUAGUUUGCUGGAUGUGAGAACAAGGGAAUUGGAGGAGUUGGAAGUGGAGCUGAGGGGAUGUGAGAGACAGCUUGAGAAUCUGCAAGGGCAGCAGAGGAGGCUGAGGUGAUGGAGGCGAGGGCUAGAGUUUAUAAACACCUUCUGGAGGAGAGGGCGGAGGAAUUUCAGAAUCUGACGCCCGAGUGAAGGGGUAUGAGGAGGGGGUUGAGAAGCUGCAAGCGGGAGCAAGGGAGCUGAGAAUGUGAAGAAGCAGGAUGCGGAGUGGCAAGAUCGGUUGAAGCGGCUGAGCAGGGAGGUGGUGCAACUGCAGCGGCGGGUGAAGGAGCCUGGAUGGCUGGUGAAGAAAGUGAAGGAUGUGGGCACGGAGAUUGAGGAGAUGACGCAGCAGCGGAAUGGGUUGCGGCAGCAGCUGAGGAACACCCAAGAGCACAGGGGGAGGUUGCGGCAACAACUGAUGGAAAUUCAAGAUAAGUCCCUCAAGGUGCUGCGUGACUGCUUGGGAGAUCUCAGCAGAGUGCCAGCAGAGGGAGUCCCGCAGCUAGUGAGCGCCAUCAGCAGCCACAUACAGCCGGUGCUGGAGCAGGAGGAGGAGGACUUGGUGGAAGUCAACCCAGAGCCCAAGCUAGGGGAGGUCAUGAGGCUGCUGGGUGACACCAUCCGGGCACUGCUUGCUGCAGCUAUCAGGAGAUGAGGUAGACACGACAGUCGCUGAAUGGGAACUCUUUUGCAACCACGUUACUUUCUUGAGAUUGUUCACUCCAACCCUACCAUGCGUGACGACAUGCAUGCAGUGGAUCUUUUGUAGUGCAGGCACCUUCCUUAUGUACAUAAAGCAUUCUACAACAAUGCAAUUUCACAAUCCUAUGGGACUAUAAGUGUGAGAGCUCGGAGUGUACUGGCGCGCUAUAUCUAGCGUAAUCCUGCCGUAAUCCCUUAAAGCCAAUAGCCUCGCGUGGCUAUACUCAGGGUGAUUCUAUU